AUCAUUCGAUUUCAAUCCAAUGAUUUUUGAUUUACAAAGUUGACAUUUGAUUGAAAUUACUCCCUAUUAUCAUUAUUUUAACUAAAGCAUACAUUAUUAUAAUGUGUAAUCAUUGGACAGAUAAAUGAUUGUUUAAUUGAAUUGAUAUGAUUGCAACGACAAGAAUGUUGUGAAUCUAACAUUUUUUUUUGUAAAUCCAUCGAUAAAAAUAUAGAAACAAAAACAACAAACAUGAGUGUUAAAGAUAAAAAAUUGUUCGGACAACUUUUCCCAACUAAAUGGAGCCUGGUCAUUUUUAUAGCUUAUAUUUGUCUUUUUGUCAAUCAAGGUAUUCUGGUCAAAGCAAGUCAAAACAAUGGAACCAAUAAUAAAUAUGAUUAUAAUAUCGUUUCAGUUGUGAUUGGAACUGAAUUCAUUAAACUAAUUACAUGUAUAGUUUUGUAUUUUAAGGAUAAGCCAUCAAUAUGGCAACUAAUCGAUGAAAUUAGAUCUGGUUUUCGUAUUGGUCUAUUAUACCUAAUACCAGCUUUUCUAUAUUGUCUGUACAAUAAUUUGGCUUUUAUCAAUCUGGCUAACUAUGAUCCGACCACUUAUUUUAUAUUAUUACAACUUCGAACUGUGAUAACUGGCAUGCUCUUUCAAAUUUUAUUCAAAAAGAAAUUAACUUUGAUUCAAUGGUUUUCAUUAUGUAUAUUGACGAUGGCUUGCAUGAUUAAAGAACUUGGACAUAGCAUAAAAUCUUCAUCAUCAGAUUCAUUUAACAUAUUUUCUACAUUAAUGUCGAAAAAUCUUCUUCUCAUGUUGAUACAACUUUUUUGUUCAUGUUUUGCUGGUGUGUACAAUGAAUUUCUUAUCAAAAAUGAUGGAAAUGCUGUGCAUAUUCUAGUGCAAAAUAUCUUUAUGUACACGGAUUCAAUUCUAUGUAAUCUGGCAAUAUUGUUGGUUACAUCAAAUCCUUUGUCAAACAAUUCAGCUAUUUUUGAUUUCUCUAUAUUAUUCAAACCAUAUGUGUUUAUCAUAAUGCUUAAUGGAGCAAUUGCAGGUAUAGUUACUUCAUUUUUUCUCAAACAUCUCAAUUCCAUUCUCAAAACAUUUGCUGCCACAUUGGAGAUUCUAUUGUCCGCCAUUCUUUGUUCAUUUUUGUUUGCAACAAUCAUUGAUUUAUACACGAUAAUAUCGAUAUGGUUAGUUUUCGUAGCCAUCUAUAUUUAUGCUAUGAAACCUGUACAAAAUCCUUCCAUUAAUUCAACAUCGUUAUCGAAUCAAAAAAGCCAUACAAAUAUUUCGAGUAAUGUUUAACGUUUGAUUACAAAUUAAUAUUAUCAUUAUUUAGAAUAUUGAAAUUAUUCUUGUUAUAAACG